CUUAAUGGCUCUUCCAGCAGAAACACAGAGCAGAGGAGGGAGAAAAUCAUCCGGACACCGUCCAAAGAUCUGGGAAUAAGUAACUCCCGAUGUUCAUGAGAUAUUUUUCCAGGGCGUUGUCAGCUAUGGCUGGACCCAGGCCUGUGGUGCUCAGCGGCCCGUCCGGGGCAGGGAAGAGCACUCUGCUGAAGAUGCUCAUGGAAGAAUAUCAGAGUGUCUUUGGCUUCAGCGUCUCCCAUACAACAAGAAAUCCUCGACCUGGAGAAGUGGAUGGCAAAGAUUACCAUUAUGUCACGCGCGAGGUGAUGCAAACAGGAAUUGACAACAACGAAUUCAUUGAGAGCGCAGAGUUUUCAGGGAACAUGUACGGGACGAGUAAAGCUGCUGUACAAGACGUCCAGGCCAAGAACCUUAUCUGUAUACUUGACAUUGACAUGCAAGGUGUGAGGAACAUCAAAAGGACAGACCUCAGUCCCAUCUACAUCUCUAUCCAGCCACCGUCCAUGGCUAUCCUGGAGAAUCGUUUAAGACUCCGAAAAACAGAGUCAGAGGAGAGCCUCCAGAGGCGUUUACAUGCAGCUAAAGUGGACAUGGAGUUAAGUAAAGAACCUGGCAUGUUUGAUGUCGUAAUUAUCAAUGAUAAUUUGGAUGAAGCUUAUGGGCACUUAAAAAAUCUCUUCUUGAGGAGAUUAAUAUGGUCAAGAAAGUCAACAUGUCUUCGUAGGAGACAGCAGGAUCCUGACUCCUUUUAGUGCCACCCAGCCA